UGUGCCACUCUUUUAAGAUUCUCUCAAAUGCUAGAAACUACCAUCCCUAAGGCCUAAAUCUUUUAACAGUUUGUCCCUAUCCGAUCAAACCAAAUCAACCCUAGCUCCCUACUUCCUCUCCCAAUACGAAAAAUGAAGGGAAUGAAAUUACUUGCAUGGUUUUUGUUCAUCUCAUGCUCUCAUGUCCUAUCAAGCUUGGCUCUCAAAGGCUUCUUCAAGUUAGAAUAUGAUCAAAAAGGUGCUAACCUCUCAAGGCCUAUUGGACAAGGACGAGACUUUCAUGUAGUGAGGCAUACAGGUGUGGACGGUGCGGUCAAGCUGUGUGGAGAAAAACAUGAAAUGGAUGAGGCAAGGAAGAUGCAGAAAGGGAAAGGGGGAGUUUAUGGGGGUGCAAAUAUUGCUCAUAAGCCACGCCCAACUGAGAGAAGUGGUGCACCAAUAUUGAUAGCAAGGCCCCAACAGCCCUUUCUCUUCACUAAAACCAGAAUAAUGGGCAAUUAUAAACAGGACUUCAACACAUUUCCUUGUUGCAGAAUUAUCAUCUUCCACCAAUUUGGAAAGAAAUGA